AUAUGCCGUAAAACACAUGCGUUCCCAAACUGCAAGUCUUGUGAUCGCUUUGUUCCUGAAAAUAGGUGAGCGACCCGCGGUCGGAAUCGCAGUGUAUCAGUGAGACAUGGCAGCUCGUCCGCAGCUCCUUGGUGCCGAAAAAAGGUCUCAACUGUUUCCGGCAUCUCUUGAGCCUUGGGAAUUCGUCUGGUAUCGUGCAAGUAUCCAGAGUCGCCAACGGAGGAGCAGCUGUCCAUCGUGCCCACAACUCUUGUUGUUCUCACUGGGCAUAGGUGGUGUGUCCUUGAUGAUUGUCAACAAGGACCCGUGGUGAUGGCCUCCAACCUAAUAGCAAAAGGAACCUACUAGCGAUGGCCUCCAACCUAGUAGCGAUGGCUGGUUCUGUUUGUAAAAGAGGACCUCGUGAUGCUCGUGACUUUCUGUUUGCACUGAGGAAGCGUGGUGAGCGAGUGGAGCCCCACCACGACCGCCCCAAAGCAGACGAGGCACGCCACAACCCGAGCCCCUCCAGUGAUGUGGACUCAAGCGAAGCUACGCCUCCACAGGCGAUGAAUCCACUGUGGAAGACCAGGCUAUGUAAUUUCUAUGACAGCAAGUCUGGCUGCAGACAUGGUCGCUUGUGUACCUUUGCGCACGGAGCAAAGGAGCUGAGGAAUGCACCCGAUUUCACGAGGACUUCCAUUUGCCCUGCCCUUUUGCGCACUGGAAAGUGUCGUGAGGCUUCCAAGUGUCAAUAUGCUCAUAGCCGGUCAGAACUAAGAUCCAUGCCUGGGCUUCUGAAGACCAGGA